ACCCGGAAGUGGUAACUGUGUUGAUCAACCUAUAUCAUGACAAAAUGGCCCGCUUACUGACGGUCCGCUGUAGCAGUAACUUUCUCAAAGGAGGACAAGACACAAGCAGGGCGUCUCGUUUGAGCGACUUCGUGCCUGUACAGAAUACACCAACUCUACCCGGCAGGAGCUAUUCUGUGUUUCACGCGGACACAGGAGAAUCAGUACCUGACCCGAUCAAAUACCUAAAAGAACAUGGCGCCAAGUUCAUAGUGUACAGUCUGGACUUUGACCAGCGAGUACUCGGGCUUGUUAAAGUGCAGGAAGGUAUUGAUAUCAGGAAGGCACCAUUUUUGUAUCAGGCACAACGUGAAAACGCAGAGGAACUGUUGCUCCUCCCCUUUAGUGCGCUUCCAGAAGUGGCUGAAGCUCUGACAGGAACUCAGUCAAUGGUUCAGAACAUGUUCCUGUACAACACUGGACGUUGUGGCUCAACGCUGAUGUGUAAAGCUAUGGACGUUCUUAACGACGUGCAGGCCGUUUCAGAACCUGACGUAUUUCAUGUGAUCAUUGAGCAUGUUUGCGCGAGAGACGUCCUCACUUCGGAUGAAAGGGAAGAGAUCAUCAUGUUGCUGAGAUGCAGCGUCUUCCUGCUCAACUUCUGCUUCCAACAACAGGACCCGUCAAAGACAGUCAUCUGCUACAAGUUUCGAAGCGAGGUCAUUUUCAUCGCUGACCUCUUACAGAAAGCUACACCAGAGGCAAAGACAAUCUUUAUGUACAGAGACCUUCCCGGUUUUCUUGACUCCUGUCUCAAUCUGGUAUUCAAUGGCAGCUAUUGGCGCUACUUGUUUGACACCACGUUCAGGUUGGAUGUACUCUUUCGAGUUCCAACGCUUAAGAUCGAAUCACCAUUCUUCAAAUUUUCUGUUGAACAUCCACGCAUGAUCACAUGUCCUGUCACACACGGCGUGCAUUUUGUGUUUGUCACGUUUUGGAUCAUGCAAAUGCAAAAAGCAUUUGAUCUCACUCAAGAAGAUUCAGGAAUCCAAGUGUGUCUUACAUUCAACCAACUCUUGGAACACAAAGAACGAAUGGUCCUCAAGGUUUUACAGAAACUUGAUGUGGAUGUUCCAUCUGAUUUUGACAGUUCCAAGAUCAGAGAGAUCUUUGGUGUUGAUAGUCAGAAAGGUAGCGCCAUGCAGAGUGAGAGAAGGAAGGGGAACAAGAUAAGAAGUUCCUGGGUGGGUUCCUGGGAGAGGAAUCUCUUCUCAACUGUUCUGGGACAUUUUAACGGGGAUGUUGAUAAGCCAGAUUUUAUCAUGCCAAGUACCAUGGCAAUCGAUUGACAACCUCAAAGAGUACAUUCUUCAAACCAAUUCCAACCCUUAUAAGUUGAAAAAUUGUUACAUGCAGUUUAUCCAGCUUAUAUCAUAAGUCAGGACAUUAUAUGAGUUAUAAUUCAGUUCUCAUGUUCCCAAAUCAGAACGUUGUUGUCAGGUAACUUGCAUCACCAGUGGAUAAGAAACGUUAAUGUACAAAUGUUUUGUUUGGUUCAAAUAUCUGAAAUUAUGGGAUCCAGUCCUGUAUCAUGUAUGCAAGCCGUCAACUAGUGCGUUUAAAAGAUUAUUAUGGAAGAGUGAGACAAACGUCCAAAGUCUUCUUUGCAAAAAGAUAGUGCCAUAAGUGCAUUGAUGUUUACCAGAUAAGUGGCUUGCAUAGUCUUAACAUGCCUUGCUACUUGUGUAUGAAACGAGACAUUUGAGUGAACGACACAACCGUUUAUAAAAUUAAUGUUGACUUUCUUUGAACUAACGUGUAAUUCUGAUAUUGUGCUAUGGUAGCAUAUUCCUGUGUUUAUCACGCAAAACAUGUACCUUUUACUAUGAUCAUUUCUGCUCUGCCCGUGUGGCCGUUUAUUUACUUUAGAUUAAAUGUUAACUA